CUCCACUCAACAAAUUAGAUACAGAUGAUAAGGAAGAAGAAAGGUCCCCUGCAAGCAGAUUUGAAAAGGGAGUGAAAUAUCAGUAGUUAAUCAGAGGGUUAGGGAAUGAAGCAAAUACUGUAGAAGCUAGGAUUAGGUGGGAGUGAAAGGUGAUAACUGCAAACCUAGCAUGCUGGACUUCAUGAGAGCUUCAGGAGGGGCUUCCCAUUUUGCCUGAUGAUGGAAGGUCCUUGGAUUGUACUAAGUUUUUGCUGUUUAUGCCAUCUAUGUGUGGCUCAAACUUACAGACCACAAAUUGCAAACCCAAAAUUUGCCACAAACAACCCCACCCUGUCAACAAUUGUUUUAGAGAAACCGUUCUGUGUUUUUGAUUACUUGAUGUCCAAAGGCGCAUCCUAUGAAAUCUACCUGUAUGUCACGGUUGACUCUGCAAGACCUUCAAGACUUUAUAUAACAGACAAUAGUAAUAAAGCUCUUAACGCUACUUUCCAAGAAACCAAUGGAGGACAAAAUGGGUCUUACAAAGCGGUUGCAAUUAAUGUUCCGAACUGUGCAUCUCUUCCCAAAUUAUCUGAUGCUGCUGAUGCAACCAAAGUGUCUGAUGUCCUGGCCCAGUACUUGAUCAGAGUUGGUGAUGAUACACAUUGUCUGUAUGACCCAAAUAACCUAGAAGACUGCAAUCCUCCUCUUUCUGAAGACACAGCCUACAGAUUUAAAUAUGUCCUUGUUGACCAAGCAACAGGUGUUGUAAAAGAUCAAACUCUUUGGUCUCACCCCAUCAAAACCAGAAAAUUGAUGCAGCCCUCUACCAUUGAUACCUGGCCAGGUCGGAGGAGUGGUGGAAUGAUAGUUAUCACCUCCAUCCUGAGUGUGCUAAUGUUUGUCGUAGUGGGUGGAUUUCUUGUUGCCGUGCUUCUGGCUGCUGUCAUGAUAUCGGAAGAAAAUGCCACUGAAACCAGAUAUGUGUCCCAAACAACUCAUCAGUAUAUCCCACGACCACAAGAAACUAUUGAGCCAGAAACCUAACUGCAUCCUUUGCCAGUCAUCGUGUCCGAAAGGUUAUGUUUUAUUGAAGAAUGCUAGUGUAUGUGCAUACUACUAAGGAGUUGAUAGCUGAAGAAUGAACAAAACACAUUAAGAAGUAUUUCCAUUGCAACUUGCCUGGCUCUCUGUUACUUUCUUGUGACAUAUUUUGAAUAAUGAAACAAAACUAUCUCCAUUCA